AUGAAAGCCGUGGUGACAGAGAUACGACAGUCGAGAAGUGGGGUGAUUGUAAAGACGGAGGAUGGUUCAAUCUACAGAGCUGCAUACGUAAUGGUCUCAGUCAGCAUCGGUGUGUUGCAGACCAAUCUCAUCAACUUUCACCCUGAUUUGCCGCAAUGGAAGAUCCUGGCCAUAUACCAAUUUGAUAUGGCAGUUUAUACCAAAAUAUUCAUCAAAUUCCCUUACAAAUUCUGGCCCACCGGAAAUGGCACCGAGUUCUUCUUGUAUGCUCAUGAAAAGCGCGGUUACUACACGGUUUGGCAGCAAUUGGAGAGGACGUACCCAGGAUCUAAUGCUCUUCUGGUAACUGUUACCGACGAUGAAUCCAGGAGGAUAGAACAGCAACCGGAUUCUGAUACUAAGAAGGAGAUCGUGGAGGUGUUGAGAAACAUGUUCGGAAAGAACAUACCAGAGCCUACACACAUAUUGGUUCCAAGGUGGUGGUCCAACAGAUUCUACAAGGGAGCAUUCUCAAAUUGGCCAAUUGGGGUUAGCCGCUUCGAGUACGAUCAGAUGAGGGCACCCGUCGGAAGAGUCUACUUCACCGGAGAGCACACCAGCCAACAAUACAAUGGUUACGUGCAUGGAGCCUACCUUGCAGGUAUUGAUUCUGCAAAGAUAAUGAUCCGAUGCAUCAAGAACAAAGAUUGCAAGUACCAUGCCAUGCCCAAAGGCACUUGAAGCUUGGCUUCAAGGUGUUCCAUCCCUGUUCCCCCAUGGAUGAGUGAAUAUGGUGGCAGGAGCAGAUCAGGAUUCAGGAGAGAAUUAUUUUGCACUAGUAUGCUUUUUUUACUUGCCUAGAGUUUUUCUUU